AUGUGACGUCAGCACGUUGUUGUUUUGACGCAGGCGUUUCACCAUCCGGACUUUACGAAAUUCUGAGGUUUAUUUUGUUGUAAUAAACGCGUGUUAACGCUGAACGACCGUUAAACGGUGCGGACCGAACUAGUUGUUCCUCCCAGUGACCGUCCACGGACCCUCCAGCUCCCAGAAGAUGUCUGCUGGGGCCAAAGACACGAACACGGAACCGUGGGGCGGCUUCGACGACCCCCCUGUGCAGGGUAGUGGCUCGGCCGUCAUCGACAUGGAGAACAUGGACGAUACGUCGGGCUCCAGCUUCGAGGACAUGGGCGAGAUGAACCAACGCAUGACGGAGGAGGAGGAGGAGGGGCCGGGGGGGGCGCCGGGGGAAGAGCCCGGAGACGACGGCGAGUUCCUGGGCAUGAAGGGCAUCAAGGGGCAGCUGGGGCGGCAGGUGGCCGACGAGGUGUGGCAGGCGGGGAAGCGCGAGGCGUCCAAGGCCUUCAACCUGUACGCCAACAUCGACAUCCUGCGGCCGUACUUCGAUGUGGAGCCGGUGCAGGUCCGCAGCAGGCUGAUUGAGUCCAUGGUUCCUGUGAGGACCAUCGCCUUCCCCCAGAAGGUGGCGGGGGAGCUGUACGGGCCCAUGAUGCUGGUCUUCACCCUGGUGGCCAUCCUGCUGCACGGCAUGAAGACCUCCCAGACCAUCAUCAGGGAGGGCACUCUGAUGGGGACGGCCAUCGGGACGUGCUUCGGCUACUGGCUGGGCGUGUCCUCCUUCAUCUACUUCCUGGCCUACCUGGUCAACUCCCAGAUCACCAUGCUGCAGACCCUCUCCUUGCUGGGUUACGGGCUGUUUGGGCACUGCGUGGUCCUCUUCAUCACCUACAACAUCCACUUCCACUUCCUGUUCUACGGCCUAUGGCUGCUGGUGGGCGGGCUCUCUACCCUACGCAUGGUGGCGGUAUUGCUGUCCCGGACCGUGGGCCAGACCCCUCGGCUUGUCAUCUGUGGCUCCCUGGCUGCCCUCCACAUGCUCUUCCUGCUCUACCUGCACUUCACCUACCACAAGAUGGUGGAAGGGAUCCUGGACACCCUGGAGGGGGUCAACGCCCCGCCCAUCCAGCGGGUGGCCCGAGACGUGCCUGCGCUGGCCCCCGCCGCCAUCAGCGUCACCCUCAACACCACCCUCCAGACCCUGGGGGCGCUGCUGCAGAGCCACUGAACACCUGACCUGUCUGACACCCCCCCUGUCUGACACCACCGACCACAGGCUGCGGAGGGGAACAUGUAUAUAUUUCAACACAUCGGUCAGGGCAGACCUACGUCUCCACCUCCUCCUCCCCCCCAAGUGUGGGGUUCGGCUAAAUGAACUGUACACGAGAUGGUAUUUGUACACAUUGUUAGUAUAUUAGUGUGUUUGUAAGGGGUAUACGUUGAUAUCAUGGUGCUCCAGAGGUUGUUGUGAGCGCUGCUGUGAGAUGAAGACCAGCUGAGGCUGGACCACGAAGACGGGGUCUCCCGGUGAAGGAUGAAGGGGUUUCCACGGCUACGGCUCCCCUGUCCUGCCCAUUGAUGAGGUGAUGGUGUUGAGGAGCUGGGGUUAUGGGUCAGGUAUUUAACGGAUGAUUCCAGUCUGAUCUUCUGAAUCUAAAUCCUUUAUGACUUUCUUUUGAAUGUCCUUCAUUCUGCUUGCUGUUGUUUUAGUUAUUUUCAUUAUUUUGGUUCAUAUUCGUUACAUUUGUAUUUAUAGGGUUAUUGUCCAGGGAGACGCCUGAAAUAAACUUUUCCGUCGUAGUGUGAGUCUUU